ACAUUCCAGCCCCUCCCUUUUGUGCCACUCCUUCUUUCACCCCGCCCAUCUCGCGAGGAGCUCGACAGAGUUUUAUGUAAAUGAGAAGCAAAUUCUCUUUACCUCUCCUUCCCUCCUCAAUCCCUCCGUGUUUUUGGUGAUUCAGAUAUCCCUAGGACUCCCUCUCCUCUGAUAUCAGCCCUGUAUUUUGCAUGUGAUAAGGGGAAACACCAGUUUUGUCCAGUAAUGGCAUCACAAGUCUCCACAAGCCCCAUGAAGGAGCCCCUCCUCUCUCUCUCCUCCUCUUCCUCUCCUUCCCCCUCUGUUCCUACCCUCGUCCCGGCUGCAGUCACCCCCUCUAAGACCUCAACUGGCAGUCAGUGUUCUGUCUGUGAUGAUGUGGCUCAGACUAGUACUGUAUUCAGGCGUCAUUAUGGCGUCAUUUGCUGCGAGGCCUGCAAGUGUUUUUUCCGGCGUACCGUCCAGAUGGGGCGAGAGUACAAGUGUCGUUUCUCUGGCUCUUGUCCGAUUGGUCGUAAUGCCAUUAACAUAAAGCAGGUCUGUCAGGCCUGUAGAUUCAACAGGUGCACGCAGGCUGGGAUGAAGAUUGAUUCUGUAAAGAAGUUUCCACGGAAGAUGAAAGACGAGAAAGUUCUUAAAAAUCGUAAGAAACCUUCAGGCUCUUUGCCCGUGUUUCCGAGGUCUUCAACUGAAUCGAACAAUGACACCUCAUCGAAUCGCAGCCCGACCCCACCCACAGCCUCCAUUGAGAACAAGUCAAAGAGAAAGAGAAUAAAGCAGGAGGAGGGGGAGGAGGGAGAGGAGGACAUUGAAGGAUAUGAAAGCGAUUUCGAGCAGUUUAAGUUUAACGUUUCGUCGCCAGAGCUCUCGUCUAUAUAUUCGAACGUGAUCGAGACUGGAGGAGGAGGCAGGGUAGCAUCAUCCGCUAGUAUACCUAAGCUCUUCUCUGGUGAGAGUUUAGAGAAUAUCCACGAAAAGAGCUCAAUUCCUACGCCUAGCUCGACCUCAGAGGAAUACUCUGAUAAGAGAUCUCCUCAAGUUGAUUCUGUGAGUGAGCACUCUUCCUUGCUGAUCAAGACUGUACGACAGCAGAGCCCACUUGUUCAGACAUCCCUAGGUGUACCUCAUAGCAAUGGGCGACCCAGUCCAAGUAGUGGUCAUGUUGAUUCACCCGACCCUCAAUUUCUUACCGGGAGUGAGUUACAGACGGCAGUGAGCCAGUUGAUGGGGUCUACUGUAAAGCAACCAGCAGCUAAUGUCAAUUGGAAUGAGAUGCUGAUUAAGAAGCAACGACUGGAGGAUGCUCUCAAUCACAUCACAGCAAGACAGAUACAAGUAAAAGCUAACUUGCAGCGUCUUACGAAUCCAGGUCCUUCCUCCUUGUCUCCCCUCCCACCUGCAACCUCGUUCCUCCCUCUCUCAGCUCCUAAUCCUCUUGUUGUUUUACCAGGCGGACUCCCCGUCAUCAAACAAGAGACCACGCCUUAUGCCACGCCCCAUGAGACCCCACACGGGACCCCGGUUCCCUCUCCCUUGCCUCCGUCCCCUCACAUGUCAUCUUAUGCCCCAGUACAAGUUCCUCCUCAAAUUCAUCAUUACUCACAUCCACCAACUCCGCUGCAUCCAGGACCACACCAAUACGAGCCACACCCUCUUAGUCAACCGGGCACGCCCCUAAAUAGCCUCCCGACUAGUCCAACCGGUUUUAAACCUCUCGCUAAUUCGCAUUCUUUCUUUUAUCAAUCUAACACUUAUCCUUAUAGCUAUCCUGUGUCACCUACAUGUAUGCGUGUGGGCGGGUCCGGAGGGUUUUCUCAGACCAUUCCACCAAUACCACUCAUUAAUGGGGCCACUCCUUAUCCUCCGUUACAGUAUAACGGUGGAGGUGUGGUCAGGGGAGGAGCCUCAAUGCCUGGAUCAGCGGUUACUAGUCCAAUCAAUAGAGAUCCCGAUAGUGCCCUUCCUUCUCCCUCCUUCACUCGUGAUAGUCAGGGGAAAUUAGCUGUUGAGCUCAUUCCAGAGACUCAUACUGAGCCGGAAUCAGUCUUGAGUCAUGUGUCAUCGCGUCAUGGGUCCUUAGCUAGUGCCCCUCCCUCUAACUGCCCCUCCCCUCAACCAGCUAGACCAGUCUCAGAUGCGCCUGAAGCAGAAGUUGAAGAGGUUUUGGAAUCACUGAAGCGUAGCAUCAAGCAUAUGUUUAAGUGGGCAAAAUCAGAAGUUAAGGAUUUUGAUGAUUUGUCUCCCAUGGAUCAGAAAGCAUUGCUAAGACGUACAGUCCCUGAGCUAGUUAUGCUAGGAUUUGCAAGAGCAUCAACUCCUUACGAUGAUAUGUUGCUGUUAGGGUCAACAGGGAAGGUUCUUGGUCCAACUAACAGUAAUUCAGGAGUCUCAGCUGUGGCUUAUGUUACACUAACAAAACUAGUAGUUCCUCUUAAAGUGCUUAACAUGGACGAUCAAGAAUUAAAGCUAAUGAAACAGAUAGUUCUCUUUAAUCCAGAGUCAAACUGUCUGAGAGACAAAGAGACUGUGAGGGAGUACAGAAAAAGGCGUCACAUUGAGCUUAUGGAAUACUCUGAGCACAAACAGCCGGGAAGGUUUGGUGAGCUCUUAUGCCUCCUGACCCCUCUCUAUGAGGUGAGUACUGAAGUAACAGAGCAGCUGAGACUAGAGCAGUUUGUGCACGAGGGAGAGGCAAGGAUCGAUGCAUUGCUCCUCAUGUCUAUGAUUAAUCAGGGGGGAGGGACCACGGAGGAGACUGUGGAGGCAGGCGAUCAAGUUAUGUGACUCUCUUUUUUUACGACGUUCUGAUUGUGUUGAUCAUUUUUUAACUUUUAUAUUUGUCUCUACCCCCCUAAUACCACCUCCUCUAUUAUCAACAUUAUAUUGAUCAUAAUUUAUUAUUAUUAUUAUUAUUAUUAUUAUUAUUAUUAUUACUAUUUCUAGUGUUUUGCAAUGGCUAUAUACUCUCCGUUUACAAUUAUCAUUUUUCUUACAUUUUUGUACCAUUCGUGUGAAUAGAAAUUUCUAAUUGUUACAUAAUGUAUUAAGUUACAUCAUGUUUUUACUACAGUA